GAUUUCUUUGUAGCACUGCAACCACAUUACUGUGAUUUCCAGAGCAGUCUCCUUUGUUGGCGAAACGCCGGGGUAACUAUCAACUAUGGCGAACUCAGAGGAGCUUGAUCCCAACUUCCCUCCAGGCCUUCACUUGGUCUCCGCCUUCCUCGCCAUGGAGCCUUCCGACUCGUUAAUCUCCAUUGCAAGGUAAUUCCAUCUCUAUCCCUAAUGCGAUAGCUCAGCUUUAGCAACUGGUAUGGCGGCUGACGAGUUGCCAGUGUUUCUUUAUUGUGUUUGAUAUGUUAAGGGCGUGCGGCGGAGGGAUGGUUUCAGAGAAUGUCCAGAGGUUUAUAUGGGAGCACUGCAUAAACCAAGCUGUAAGUAGAGUAACUAUUAAUUGAAUUGAAACCCUUUCUUUCUGCUCCUGAUUAAACCCUUUUGACAUGGAAGGUGCGAACUUGGCUUCCACUUUGUGAAUUUUACGUCUGGAAAUAAGCUUGGUUCUUUCUUUUCACAGAUGGUAAGAGUUAGGACCUGGAAAUACAUGUUUGUGUGGAAUUUUAUCUUUACUGCUCUGGCUCAAUGUCUAGUUGAUGGUCUGUGCGUGUAUUGAGGAUAGGUUCUCUUGAACUUUCAAGUUGUCCCAAAUCGAGAAAGUUGGUGGUUCCUCUCAAUUGCUCCCUUAACAUGCUCGAAGGGGAUACCGGGUAAGCAGUAUAUUUCUGAUUGUUUUUUUUUGUAUAAUGGUGAUUGCUUUCUGAUUUUUAUAUCAUUGUUUACAACUGCACCUCCAUGUUCUUCCCUCGUGUUAGUUUUUGCUCUUGAUUUCCUUCCUCGUCACAUUUUAUUUCUAUCAAAUCUGUUGUAGUCUAAUUGCAUUUAAGUAGGCCAACCGCUUUCUACGAUUCCAAGCUUUGGAACUUUGUGUUCAUAAAGAUGUCUUGCUUUCUUUCUGGAACUCGGGAAAACAAAUCUUGAUCAAACUAUAUUUUCCCGAUGGAUUCAAUAUGUUAAUGGUAAAAUUUUGUAAUGGGCUUGAUACUUAAAUCUACUUAUGUUUUCAACGGAUAGUCCUGCCUUUAAUGGAGCGUAAAACAUAUGGAAGUUCACUUUCACUGCCGUUCAUUUCACACUCCCUCUUAUUUGUUUCCGAUACCACUAUCCAUGGAUUCUGGAAACUAACAUUGUACUGCACCGUCAUUUAAUUGUUGCAGGUGUUCUGUUUGGCCUUCAAGUCUGUAUUUGUCUGAGUUUAUACUUUCUUUCCCAGAUAGAUUCUCCAAUAAAACCUGCUUUGAAGUAGUGGACAUGUUAAGGAAUAUAUAUCUUCUCUUAUUUGUGCCAACUUUGUUGUUUAAGAAAGUCAGGAUGUAUGCUGUAGCUGGCUGUAAUUCUACUCAUCUUGCUCUUAGUCUUCCUUUUUUGAGUUGUUUCCUUGAACUGGUUUUCAUAAUGACUUACUGAAUGUCAAAUCAGGUUGGUUCUGGCGUUGGCUUGGUUGGAGUUUGUCUUUCUCAUGUCAAAGCUUCGAAGGUAACUGAUAUGAGAACUAAGUAUCAGAUUAUCUCUGAUUGUAGGUUCUCAUGGGUUUAUUAGCUUUAUCGUUUUGCCUUUGCUUCUCAGGCAUAGGUGCAGUUCUGAUUUCUGUUCAUUUUUUAUGCUAUGAUCAUAGGGCUCUGGAGUUACUAGUAUUCAAGUAAAAAAAAAUCUGAUGUAAUCUGCCAUAACUGCUGUAGUUUCCACUCACUGCAGGUUGUAUUAUCUGAUGGUGAUCUGUCAACUUUGGCUAAUAUGAAGCUUAAUUUGGGAUUAAACCGUAUAAGCACCAGAAUGGAUAUGCAAGAGAAAUGUGGCAAGGAGCUAAACUUGGUAAAAUCUGACUCCGGGAGUAAUUCUGAGGUGCAAUGUAUUCACCUGUCAUGGGAAUCUGCUGCUGAAGCUGAACUUCAGGAGUUCAUGCCUGACAUAGUUUUAGGUGCUGAUGUAAUCUACGACCCCGCAUGCCUCCCUCAUCUUGUUAGAGUACUUGCAACCCUAUUGAAGCAAAGGCAAGUAACUUCUCAGACAAGGAACAGCAACUGCCAGGAGGACAUUGUCAAUGAAGGCAGAGCUGAAGAAUCUGAGAAUGAUGAACAAGCAUCUGCUGAGUCAAUGACAACCCCAGUGGGUUACAUUGCUUGUGUGAUACGGAACAUUGAUACCUUCAAUUGUUUCCUAGACCUAGCAGAGCAGGGUGGCCUUACAAUCACAGACAUAACCGAUACAGCAAGGCCAUUGAAGUUACUUCCUUAUAUGAGCUCUUACGAUCCUUCUAGUAUCCGUUUAUUUACUGUCACUUCCAAAUGCUGAAAAGAUCCAAACGUUUAGUUACUUUCCACCCUAAAAAGAUUCGUGCUUUCUCCAAAUAGCAGUCGGUCUGCAUGUUCAUGUGAAAGUUCUUAGGUGAUUUUGUUCUAUACCUCCUUUUCCCGUGAAUCGAAAGCCUUUCUUUCCAUGUGGGCCUAGAUAUUCACUUUCACUACCCACACAAUCAAGCGACAAAGUCGCCGUUCUUUCCCCUCUACAACAAAUACAUUACUAGAAAAGAGAUUCACGGGUGUCAAUGAGAUUCUGGCAGAUUCCCGGACGUUUUGUUUUUUAGCAAAAUAUUUCUGAAAAGAUUCCGUCCCAUCCCUCUCCCCUGGCUCUGCAAACCAAAAAGAUUAAAAGACCAUGGCAAGG